AUGCUCGUCAAAAGAAAUCAGUGUACGGUCCAUGGAAGCCGCAUUGUGUAGAUGGUAGCCUACUUAGUAACCUAAUAUAAUUACAUUGUUGAAAACACGGCACUGUACAUCUUCAGAGCUGUAUGAACUAUAUAUAAGACAAGCAAGAAACACUAUUUGUAUUUUUUUAGAUCAUCAGUGAUUAUUGAAUAAUGCCUUUGAGGACCGGACUUUUUCUUCUAAUGGUGCUGAUUGCAUCUGCAUAUGAACUGGAUCAGAACGAGUCGUAUUCACCCAGAAGAGCCCGCUUUUCAGCAAAUACCCCUUCUGAUGUGGCACGCUGUCUGAACAGUGCCCUCCAAGUAGGCUGUGGAGCUUUCGCCUGCCUGGAGAACUCCACGUGUGACACAGAUGGCAUGCACGACAUCUGCAAGUCCUUUCUCUACAGUGCAGCUAAAUUUGACACUCAGGGCAAAGCCUUUGUUAAAGAGAGCCUCAAGUGCAUUGCCAAUGGCAUCACCUCAAAGGUGUUUCCCACCAUCCGCCGCUGCUCCACCUUCCAAAGAAUGAUCUCAGAGGUUCAGGAGGAGUGCUACAGCAAGCUAGAUAUCUGCACUAUCGCCCGCAUCAACCCAGAUGCCAUUGGAGAGGUGGCACAGCUCCCAAGCCACUUCCCCAACAGGUUUUACGGUAAGCUCCUCCAGAGCCUGAUGGACUGUGAUGAGGAGACUGUGGACCUGGUGAGGGCCAGUAUGGUGUCCAGGCUCGGCCCAGAGAUGACUAUUCUCUUCCAGCUGCUGCAGAACAAGCCCUGCCCCUCGGCUGCUGCUGCUAUUGCUGCUGCCAUUCCAACUGGAGUGGAGGGCCGUGGGAGCUUGCAGUGGUCCAUGGGUCCACACAUGUAUAAGAUCCAGCCUGGUCUACGCAACAGAGACUCUGCCAGCCAUUUAGGCAAGAAGCGUGCCACUGGUGACAGCUCCUAACUCCCACUCAGAUCCGGAAACUACACACACCCCUCAAAAACAUAAACAAGCUAACAGUGGUCUCUUCCCUUGGGUAUUUAAGAAUCAUUCCUCUCCAGACUGGAAAAUAACAUGCACCUCUAAGAGAAUAGCCAAUGUGUUUCAAGUAUGUUUAACAUCAAAGUUUGAGUUGUUGUGUGAGGUACCUUAGGUUUGAGAGGAUCCCCUCCCCUAAACUAUUUCCUAACUCUUAUCACUCUCACUGUUUGUUCAUUGAACAUGUUGUUAUUGUAGCACCACAACUUGGCCCUGUUCAUUCCUGUUCACUUCCCAUACUUGAUAUAGUAUCAUCUGAGAGCCAAGUAUCAUCUGAGAGCCUAGUGAGGAUGAUGUCCCUCUAAGUUUUCUGUCUAGGAUUUCAAGCAUAAACCUGCAGGUAUGGUUCAUAUCUAUAAAGCACAAGUGUUCCCAAAUAAUUUUGGUUGCAAUAUUCAAAUGUGCAUCCAUUAGUAGAAUAUCAAUUGAUAAAUUAACAAUAUCUUCAUCAAUAGAUAAUUAUUAAUAGGCGUUUCAUACAGUUUGUGAGAUAUUUCUAUAUUAUGAGAUUCGUCAAAUGAGUGUGCUAUAUAAAUCAGUGUCAUGUAGUCACUGACACAAACAGGAUUUAUUUAUUUAUUAAUUAUUAGUCUCAGAUGGCCACAGCUAGCUCUGUGAGAGAGGCGUGUCCCUCAGAUGAGAGCAAUCCUAAUCAACUUUGCGCAGGAAGCUACUUUAGAACGACCAAAUAACUUGAAACCACCCAAAAUGUUAUUCAAACCAGACUUAAAUGUGGUGGAAGGUGUUUAGCUAACGCCAAAUACCAGAGAAUAUAGCAUUGUUUAGAUACAACUACAUAUGUUCUGUCCUGAAACACUCAGUUCACAAUAAGUACGGACCAGCAGUGUAACUUAUGAGCAGGUGACCCCCUGAGAUUGAUAGAGGUCACCCCCUUGGACUGAUGAACAAUAUUCUCCCUGGUGAAUAUGACACGGAGGGGUUGGAUCAUACACACUGACUUCCAGUGUUGAUAAUGACUAUUUAAAAGCCUUGUUGGUAUAACAUUGAUAUUUAUUUUCCUACUAUAUUUAACUUGUUAUUUUAUGAUGUUGCUGUAGUUUUAGUUACAGAUAUACAAUUUUAAAGUGCAGUUUGGUCAUGGCUCCUAUUUCAAUGGGGGCUCAUGAUCAAAUACUAUAGUAUCUGCCACUCUCCACACUUUCCGCUCUGUUGACUGAAUAGGACCCAUGGUAUGACUCUGUGCUGGACAUAGGGGAACAACAUUGUCACUUAUGUACUGUUGCAAGGGGACUUUGUUUAUUUUCCAAACCCAGUUAAUAAUGUUAUAAAGGUAGAGAGAAAUUGUGGUCAAGCCAUUCAUUGUACAUUUAACAAACAGCUAAACUUGAAGACGGAACUGCAAAGCAUUUGCUGAAUCUAUUCUUAACAUCAUGCAAAAUAAUGUAUAUCUCAGAAAGCUUACCCUAGUGACGUAACUCCAUUAGUGCUUCAACAGGGGGAGAUUAAUUGAUAAGAUGUUGAGCAGUGUAUUCUCACAGUGCACAUGCCUGGCUGAGGGAGACGUACAACAGGGGGAGAUUAAUUCAUAAGAUUUUGAGCAGUGUAUUCUCACAGUGCACAUGCCUGGCUGAGGGAGACGUACAACAGGGGGAGAUUAAUUCAUAAGAUUUUGAGCAGUGUAUUCUCACAGUGCACAUGCCUGGCUGAGGGAGACGUACAUCAGGGGGAAAGAACGUUAAAGAGAUGUGAUGGUUUUACAAUACAAAAUCAUUUGAAAUGUUAAGAACUCACAAACCUAUGCAAUAAUCUCUCAUAUGGAGGAUUCACAGUAACACACAAACAUGCCCUUUGUCACAAACAAAGCCAGCUGAUGCUGAAUAUAUGUGGCAGCAGCUUAUUUGAUCCCAUACUUAUAGUGAAGUAGCAGACAACGUGCCCCUGGACUCCCCCUUUCUGUUGACGACUUUGUUGCUGUGGUCUCUGUUGUAUUGUUUUUUUUUGUUUAGUAUUUUUCUUGGGAUAUAAUAUCUUGCUUUUAGUAGCAAUAUUGUGUAUAUUCAAAAUAAAAAAGUAAGGAAAAAAAUCCCUCAGAAAUGUUAAGACUGUAUUACUUAUGUUACAUGUGCACUUUGCAUCUCUUAUGACCACUAAAGGGCCACUGAAUCGUUCAACACUUGUGAUGGGUUGGGGCUACGUCCUUUCUGUACUGUUAAUAUCUCUGUGUCUGUAAUAGCUGGACAAAUCCAGAACAGUUGCUGCUAAAGAAUAGCUUGCUCCCUUGUAUGAUGGAUUAUAAUUUCCCCUAAAACAUUUACUUGGAUAUCUUUGGUAAAAACCCAUUCACAGAACCUGGCAUCAAUCUGUAUACUUGCAUUUUACAUUCAGUUCGGCACUUCUUCUGGAAUUUGUACAUUUCUUUGAAUGUUGCUUGCAGUGAAUAUAUGCCAAUUGUAUUCUGUUUAUUUCCUCUCCCUUGAGACUAUGCUUAUACAUCCAAGUUCUGGGUAACUUCAGAGAAUGUAUCUUAUAUUGAAUGUCUGUUCUGUUGAGGAUGUGCCCAAACCUAGAUGGUUCAUUAUCGUAUUUUAGAAUGUGUGUUUCGUUUAAAGGUGGUGUAUGAAAGUCUGAGAAUUAAAUUAAAUUAACAGACAAGUCAUAUUUUGUUAUUUCAAGACAUGUUUUGUUCAUUAGCCUUUUACUGCAGUGGGCUAUAUCAGGGUCACACAAUGUUUCUUGGUAGUCUUAAACAAAUCUAUUUUAGGUGUGUUCAUAAAUUCACUCUGAAGUACCAAUGUGCUCUGGGCGUUUGUAAAUUCAUAGCUUUUUCAGAGCACACACCGCACGCUCUGGCCGAGGAGUAGGGUUGAUCCAAGCUUCCUGACCUCACAACUGCACUUAAGCACCCAAGCUAACUGGCUGAAGUUUGCUUGCUUGCUAGCUACUUCCAGACACAAAUGACAGAACACCUCACUCUGACCAUUUUACUCGCCCCAGCAGAGCUGGUUUUCAUGUUAUGUAGAGCGUUGUUGACUAAUUGUGCUCUCAGACGAGAGUGCCCGGAAAUCGGCGUAGAUAGCCGGAGUGGAUUUACUAACGCACCCUUUGAAACAAAAGUAUACACCUCACACACGUGGUUAUGGGCUUGAUAAAUGAAGACACCUGUACCGUGUAAGAUAUAGAGUUGAAAUGUAUUCAAUUUUGAGUUUGCAUCCCAAUAUUACACUUUGUAUACAUCACAGAACACUGAAAUAUAACAAACCUUUUGAAAAGAAACACCGGAUUUUAUGCGUUAAAAAAAUACAUGUUUAUGAAUUAUGAAAAAUAUGAAUAAUUCCACCCAUGAGGCCACUAAUUCCACCCAUUUGGUCAUUUGACUGCAGGAAAGGGCUACACUAUUUGUUGCAAAUCAAGAUUAGGGUGAAUUUUGGGUGGUAGGCCUACUGCAUCAUUAGCUAGAUCUAUAGCUAAAUCUAUCCAUAGUGAAAUCAUCAUCAGCAGUUUCUUUUGAUACACAAUACGUUUAGGGCAUGUUGGGGACUGGGCUCCCUGAACUCUGGAACUUCAUGGUACUCGUUCUUCUCAAGACUUGAAAUCAAUAUAAAUACAGUAUAUGUAUAAUUUUGCCAGAAUUAAAACUACUGGGGUGAUUAAUAAGAAUUACAUCUUAAUCGUAGUGACAGUUACUUUACUUUCAAAUUCGUAGAUGAAAUUAAUCAGUAAGACAUUUGAGGAGAUUGCUUGCUGAAGUUCCUAAUACAGUAGCUACUGUAUGUUAAGCAUGAUUGAUCCUUGUAAAUCACUUGCACUUUAAUACAUACUCAUCUACAUAUAUACCCAUACUGUAGAUAUGUAUGGGUUUUUUCUCUGUGCUGAAACUUAUGAAAGAUACAAAUGUAUCAUCUGUGUGUCUUUGCUGAUUAGAAAUAAACUAUUAUCAUAUCUGGCAUAUGGU